GGUGCCGGGGCUGAGGAAGCGAGGUGGCGAUUGGCCCUGGUGAAUGCCAUUGCGCCCGCCUGGCGGUUGAGGGGCGGGGCCUCGGGGGCUGUGGAUGGAGCGGGCGGCGGAGGCGGCGGGGAGCGGAGCCCGGAGCGCCGGGAAAAGCAUCGGACACUUUUCCACCAUGCUGAUGGCAUUUUAAAUAUAUUUGUCAAUUUUCCCAAAUUUUAACUGAAGAAGACCUUAAGAAUUUAUACUUGAGGACGAAAGUGUGACUGCCAGUUAUCAGGCUGGACUCCUUUAUAAUUAAAGUGACUCUGAAGAUUGUUUCAAUUUUUCUCUUUUAUGAGGAUGUGUAUUUAUCACAACAGAUCCAAGACUUUGAUUUAGACCUCCCAGGAUGUUCGUAAAUAUGCCUGAAGGAAAAAAAUGAUGGAAAAUUGAUCUUUGUGAGUAGUGAUGAAAUCCAUAAUUAAGGCUUUCAGGAUGAAUCUGGAAAAACUCAGCAAGCCUGAACUCCUAACACUAUUCAGUAUUCUUGAAGGAGAGCUUGAAGCAAGGGACCUCGUGAUAGAGGCUUUAAAGGCCCAACACAGAGAUACUUUCAUUGAAGAACGCUAUGGAAAAUACAACAUCAGUGAUCCUUUAAUGGCUCUACAGAGAGACUUCGAGACACUGAAGGAGAAGAAUGAUGGCGAAAAGCAGCCAGUCUGCACAAACCCACUCUCUGUCCUUAAGGUGGUGAUGAAGCAGUGUAAGAGCAUGCAGGAGCGUAUGCUGUCCCAGCUGGCUGCCGCCGAGAGCAGGCACCGCAAAGUGAUCCUAGACCUUGAGGAAGAAAGGCAGAGGCAUGCGCAGGACACAGCUGAAGGAGAUGAUGUCACCUACAUGCUGGAGAAAGAGAGAGAGCGGCUGACUCAGCAGCUGGAAUUUGAGAAGUCCCAGGUGAAAAAGUUCGAGAAAGAGCAGAAGAAGCUGUCCAGUCAGCUGGAGGAGGAGCGCUGCCGUCACAAGCAGCUGUCGUCCCUGCUGGCGCUCGAGUGCAGGAAAGCCACGGGCAAGGCGGCCGAGGAGGGGCAGAAGGCCGGCGAGCUGAGCCUGAAGCUGGAGAAGGAGAAGAGCCGCGCGAGUAAGCUCGAGGAGGAACUGGCGGCCGAGAGGAGGCGGGGCUUGCAGACCGAGGCGCAGGUGGAGAAGCAGCUGUCCGAGUUCGACAUCGAGCGAGAGCAACUGAGGGCCAAACUGAACCGAGAAGAGAACCGGACCAAAACCCUGAAGGAAGAGAUGGAAAGCCUGAAGAAGAUAGUGAAGGCUCUGGAGGCGUCUCACCUGCACAGUGGCCCUCCUGAGCAAGCGAGGAGGCCGGUGACCGUGUCGAAAGGCACGGUGACUGAGCCUCCCGCGCUGGUGUCUGUGUUCUGCCAAACGGAGAGAAGCCAGGGGAGCAGCGCAGCCAAGGGGAGCGCCGCCGGGCCGCCUGGUCCCGCCACUCCUGCUUACUCGUUCGCAAAAACCAACGGCCAUUUGGAGCCAGAGGUACAGACUGCCAAGGACCUGGUGGUGGGCAGCAGCGGCGAAAACCAAGUGCCUCCACGAGAGAGGCCUGUGGGGUCGGCCCAAGAGAAAGCGGUGGAGAACGGCGGGUGUCCUGUGGGAAUGGAGACUCCCGGCCCGGCACCUGCUCACCUCCCGUCCAGUGGGGGCUCCCUGUCUCCCAGCAGCACGGCCUCCUCCUCCCUCACAUCCUCUCCGUGCUCCUCCCCAGUGCUGACUAAGCGCCUGCUGGGGUCCUCAGCCAGCAGCCCCGGCUACCAGUCAUCCUACCAAGUGGGGAUCAACCAGCGGUUCCAGGCGGCUCGGCACAAAUUUCAGUCCCAAGCGGAUCAGGACCAGCAGGCCAGUGGUGUGCAGAGCCCCCCCUCCAGGGACCUGUCGCCCACCCUCAUAGACAACUCUGCCGCCAAGCAGCUGGCCCGCAACACCGUCACUCAGGUGCUCUCCAGAUUCACUAGCCAGCAAGGGCCAAUCAAGCCUGUCUCCCCCAACAGCUCUCCCUUUGGCACAGACUAUCGGAAUCUGGCCAACACUGGCAGCCCAAGAGGCGAUGCCAGCCAUUCCCCCACUCCAGGGAAAGUGUCCAGUCCGCUGAGCCCUCUGUCUCCAGGGAUCAAGUCCCCCACCAUCCCCAGGGCUGAGAGAGGAAACCCUCCACCCAUCCCACCCAAAAAGCCUGGCCUCACCCCUUCUCCAUCCACCACCACUCCACUGACCAAAACUCAUUCCCAGGCCUCCUCUUUGGCCACCAUGGAAGACCUAGCCGUCAGCUGCUCUUCCACGGCUGUCGUGGCUAACGGCAAGGACGUGGAGAUACUCCUGCCUACCAGCAGCUAGUCCCUCGCGGGAGUCUCCACGGCUGACAUUCCACCAGAUUUCGUCCAAGAGCUCGGAGUCCAACCGUUGAGUCAGAUCAUGUUAUUUAUUUUGACAGUAGCUGAAACCAUCUGUAGAGUCCAUUUAGUGUAUUUCGCCUUUUUGUAUUUUUUUUAAGUAGAAACUGAGUCGUUUGGAUUUUUAUGCCUCACACCUUUGUACUGAAGCUGGAAGGGCACCUCAAAGACAUCUCAAGCUCAGCAGUCACCAUCUCGUUGUGAUGGAGAAAGCUAAUUGAGGACCAGGUGGUGAUUUGCUGUCUGUUUUGGGACUGGAAUCGCUCAACACUCAUUGUGAAUUAUGCAGAAGUGGUUCGUGCAGAUUUUUAUUCCAGAUGAACAUGUCUCAAAAGUGCCUGAAAUAAGACUGCCAUGCGAAUGUGAUUCUGCAGCGAAAACACAAAAUGGAUCAUCUAAUUGCAGAAAAUGAGAUCCUCUGUGAAUCCUGAAUGUUAAAAAAACAACACUGCUUUUAAACCUCUUUUACCGUUUUUAAUAUAAGCUUUGGGUUCAGAAACAAGGCUGCGUCAGAAGGGGAAUCCAAAGGUGGGUGUGACCUCACCACUGAGCUGAGCUCUAUAGAGCCCUUGAGAAGCCCUCCCGGGCAGGAGGCAGUGGGGGGUGCUGAUUUCCUCGUACUUCUGAAAAAUUAAGUCACUCCCAGUUUCCCACAGCAGUCCUUGAAUAGAAUGAAAUCACAUCUCCAUUCAAAAAAUAUCUUCAGGCGUCUACUGUUGUGUAAGGAACUUCUGAUUCCAAUUGCUAUUACUUGAAUAGGAAAUGGUUACUCGUUCUGUAUAAAAAGUUUUGCAACAGGAUGAGAUCUUUAUUAUGUAAUCAAAAAGCAAUAACUUAAGUUCAUUGUCUCUGUAAUAUUAUAAGUCAGAAUUAUAUAGGUUUUACCAAAUUGUUACACUUACUCUCGGAGCUGCCAGCACUUGGUGUAUCUGUGCAACCAAAUUAACUUUUCCCUAAAUGGAAGUAUACAUAGAUCUGUAUAGAUACACAGCCCUUUGCGUGUCUGACACACACACACUUAAACACAUAAAUAUUAGUGUGACUGUAUCUUUGGAGUUUGCAAUAGAGCGUAAAGGGUGAGUAGAAAUGCACAUUAAGAUUACCUAACAGAGCAACUCAGUGUGGCUGGGACCCAGUCGGUCAAAGGAGGAAUCUUGUCCAUGGGGGUGGGGGGUGGAAAUUCCAGAUGAAGUCAGGUCAUCAGCGUCCUAAAAUGCCAGGGCCAAAAACCGCAGUGUCACAGAACUCAACUGGCCAUCUAAAUGACUGAAACAGGUCACUCAAUCAAGUGCUGUAAGUCAGCUGGGAUGGGGGAAGGCCUAGCAAACUGAAGUGCCUGAGCCCCCUCUGGUAGGCAAGGGCCCCUGCUGUUCAGCCCCAGCUGCUUGUUGCCAUGCAGUAGUGCUAGACCAGGUGACCAGCUCCUCAAAUUUUUGUGAAAUCCAAAUUUUCAUAGAAACAUUCUCACUUUUAAAUAUCAAAACAGACUCAAAAACAAUUUGAAACUGCUGGUUAAACACUUCUGCAGCUGGGUCUAGCUCACAAGCUGCCAAGUUGCAACGUCUUUCAUUCUAGAAACUUCUGUCAUUUCCAUCAUUGUGAGUUUGUGAGGCCAGACACCUCCCCUCUUUCCAACGUGUAGGCUAGUACAGCUGACAGAGGCCAUAGGAUAUAAGGACGGUCCCCAUCUUCCAAACAAGACUCUGCAACCCAGCUCAGACAAGGUAGUUCUAGGACUUUGUGUCCUCUCAAUACAUUCUCCCUAGCCAACACCUACCCAGCAGCCCUGUCCUCCUGCUGUAAUUUAAAUCUGUUUUCUCUUAAUCCAGUAUGAAUUGAUGGGGGACGGGCUGGUGAUGGAGAUCAAUGUAUAAAUCACAAUUGGUGUCUCCAGGGCUUAGGGUUUGAUUAAGGCCAAUACAUCAAAAAUUAAAAUACUCCUCAUGCCCCAGGAUGUCUACCAAAUGGUGAACGGGGUAUCUUAUAAACUGCCCGAAGCAAUCAUGCAUUAAACUUCAUUCCCACGCACGGCCAAAUGAAGUGAUAAAAUAGCUGACCUUCCUAAACAGGAGAGGGGCUACGGUCCCAGAGUGUUAUUACCUCUCUUGCUUUAAAUGGUAAUCUUAAAAUUUGCAUUGUACUCUUCUCUUUGUUUCGGCAUAGAUAUAUAUAUAGAGAGAGAGAGAGAGAUACUAUAAGGAUGUUUAUUUCUUAGGAAGUGCACUGAAUAAUGUAUUUCUUUUACAGUGUAACAUGGGGGUGGGGAGAUGCAAAAGAAAUGUGUAUUUUUGCUAGUUGCCUAUCUUCUAAGAUAAAUAAGCACAAUACUGCAAUGGAUCCAAUAAUCCAGCUAGGUAUUAUAGAUUGGUAUUUAAGUUUGCUGUAGAUCGUGUGUGUGUGCUAAGUAAAAGUUCCAUGAUUCACAAUUUUGGUACUAACCCAUGUUGUGGAUGCUAGAUGGCUAGUCACCAGGUGCCGAUGGAUGCGCAGCGCAUACCACAAGCAUUAACUAGUCAUUCUCAUUUGUAAAGCCCAGUGUGCCAUGCAGAAGUCUUCAUCCAUUUUUAUAGCAGACUACAUUAAAACAAGUUAAAUCAUACUGUCUGGGGAAAAUCUAAUCUUGUUUGUACAAAGUGAAGGCUGUUGCACAACCGGGCCUGUUUUGUCUGGGAAGGAGCAGGUGUCGAGGGAGUACGCACGCCCGUGGCUUUCGAAAACCAAGUGAAGUCAGUGACCUGUCCAGGUUAGACUCCAAAAGGAGCUGGGCUGUUGGUUCUUGAGAACCUUAGAGCUGGAGGAAGCCUUUGCGGUGAUCCAGUCCUGGAGGGGUUUAAAGGGGUUCUGGGCCUUUUGAGAAUCUAAGAAACGCUAGACUCCAUCCCCAGAAAAAUGGAUAUACUAACAGGCAGAAUGUGGUUGAUGGCUUCCCAGGAUCCAAAGACCCUGAAGCCAUCCAUGAUUCAUGUACUCGAGCUGAAGAGUGCCUGAUCUUGUCCUGCCCUUGCAUUCUACAAGUGACUAAUGUAUCCCUUGUCUCCUAGUCCGGUGGUGAGGUGUGGCACUGUGAGCCAGCGCAAGCUAUAGGCAGACAGAAGCACCUGAGAACGCCUUUGAUGUGCAAAAGAUGUGGAGCCCGUGGGGAUGUUUACAUAUGUCAAGUUUCCACCAUUUAAGCCAGUUAAUGAUCAUUUCAGCAAACACCGGGUAUAUCUGUUUUCCAUAACAGCCUCACUGUCAGCAAUGCUGCCUUGUCUUCACAGUGCGGGUCCCUCAUGCCUGACGUGGGGUCUCCCCCUCUCCCCUCUCUGUGCCCAGAGCGCCCCUCCCUCCCACGGACAGUCCUGCAGGUCUCUUUGGCUCCAGACCACGUCUCCGCCCUUCCUACCCUCUUGGAUGUGGCCUCUUCUCUUCAUUUAGUUGUGGAGAUUGCUCUACCAGUCUUUGGGUCAUUUUCUGGGUUAUUUAUACUGAUGUGGGUGUUAUCUAGGUGUAUCUGUGGGACAGGUGAGCCUAGGAUCCUCCUGCUCCACCAUCUUCCCCGGAAGGAGCCUUGUCAAUUAAUUUAUAUAUAUAUAUAUAAUUAAUUUGUAAAGUGCUCUUCUGAUGCUUGGUCCUUCAAACAACUUCAAAUGUCUUGAAACGCUGGCUUUAAAACUGUAUCUGUUCUCAUGAUCAUGAGUCCAAAGUAGGCAAUGAGCACUGUUCCAUGGGAGUUAUUUGUAAAACCAGAUGAGAAAACUUGAGAGCACCCAUCUGCUAGUGUUAUCAAUGGCCAAUUCAUUGGUAAAAGCAGAGGAGGAGAAAGGAGACUGGGGUAGUGGUUCUCAAACUUUACUGUAACCUGAGAAGCCUUCCAAAAUAAGGACUCCUGAGAAUUGGGCCUAGGGGCCGGCUGAUGCAUGUGGCCUGAGGCUCCCAUUUUGAGAAACAGCGCCUCACAGCCCUUACCUGUUCUUUCACAAGAACUUGCUCUUUGCCUCUGACCUGCGGAGAUGUCUUAAACUCUUGAAUCUGGUUUGCCGGAACCUCAAUGAUAUUCAGAGCCAAGAGUGCUUACUUGGGUCCAAGCACCAUAUUAUGUCCCCUGUGCAGAUGAGAUCGCUGAGGGCCAGAGGCUCGCACAAGGGCCCUUGGUAAGUGCCAGCCUGGAUUGAAGUCCCCAGGGCUUCCCACUUUCCACUACUUGUGUUUCCUGGGUUCUGAGGUGCCUGUUGGCCGUGCCCAGGCCCCAGCCUUAGGGAGUCUGAUUCCGUAGCCCAAGUGAGGCUCUAGGUGAGUACCUGGGCUGAUUCUUAGGAUGGACCCGGUGUGAACCCUACAGGACACCACUUUGCUCCUUCCACUCGCCCUAACAACCCCCCCCCCCCCAGGAGUGGAUUCUCAGAUCUAACCAAUGCCAGGAGACCUUUAUCAGGUCAGAUAAGUUGAACAAAAACAGGGGCGCCUGGGUGGCUCAGUCCAUUGAGCCUCCAACUCUUGAUUUCAGCUUGGGUCAAGAUCUCAGGAUCUUGAGAUCAAGCUUCAUGUAGGGUUCCGAGCUGGGCGUGGAACCUGCUUGAGAUUCUUCCUCCUCUCCCUCUGUCUCUCCCUAUGGUAGCACACAGAGCUCUUGGUGGGCAGGAAAAAGUUACUAGAAAAGGAGCAAAUGUCUUUUCUCCUCUUUCCAAAGCAUUCUUUACCUGGGGUUCUGCAGUAUCUCCCUGUGUUUGCAUUAUGUCUCAAUUGGCUUGUCCUAGUCUUCGGAUGUGGUCAGAGACAGAGGCACUAGGAGUCCCCAAGAAUGCAGUGCUGUUUCAUGUGGUGUGCGUUCUGCAAGGGCUUGGGGCUGGUGGAAGGAGCUCCCAGGGGCACAGCACUCUGCAAAACAUUCCCCCAGUAACUUGUAGGGAAGACCUAGGAAAAGGCAAAGAGAGAAAGGACCGUCUUGCAAAAAUACUGCAUUCCCCAUAAGGGUUCCCUCCUACCUUCAAAACCUCCAUCAGCAGAAGAGAAAAAUGAACAUCAAGCUUUGGAAAGUGUCGAACGAGUCUGACUUCUGGGACACCUGCGAGUGACUUACUGCCUUGGAGGGAUAUAAAAGCAGCUUUGCCAUUAGAGUGGGGGGCACAGGGGGUAUCGUGUAGUUCUCCAUGCCACUGUGAAGUGGUUGCCUCCGCGAAAUUACUAGGAAGUGUUGCAACAAGAUCGGCCUUAUCCCUGGGGAGUCAGUCACCUACUUAAUUCGACAAGAGUCCAACAGACUAACCACACGGUAGACACUCAGAUUCCAUCAGAAAUGGAUUUAGGGGCGCCUGGGGGGCUCAGUUUGGCAUCUGCCUUUGGCUCAGGUCAUGAUCUCAGGGUCCUGGGAUCGAGCCCCGCGUUGUGGGGGGGGGCUCCCUACUCAGUGGUGAGUCUGCUCCCUCUGCACCUCCCUCCACUCAUGCUCUCUUUCUCACAAAUAAAUAAAAUCUUAAGAAAAAAAAAGAAACGAAGGAUUUAUUUCCCUAGCUGCCGGAAAUGCUGACAGUAAACAGCUCUCAGCUAUAGGCCCCUUCUAGGAAUUGCCUGAACUGAAAUUAACUUGACCAAGGUCACCUCUCCUUCAAGGGGCAGCUCAUGUCCAAAGACUGAUUGGCGUGCCGUAUAAAGACCUGGCCCCAGGGCACCUGGGUGGCUCAGUCCGCUAGGCGGCUGCCUUCAGCUCAGGUCAUGAUGUCAGGGUCCUGGGAUCGAGCCCUGCAUCCUGCUCUCUGCUCAGCGGGAAGCCUGCUUCUCCCUCUCCCUCUGUUCCUCACCCCCCACCCCCUGCUCCUGCGCUCUCUCUCUCUCUCUCUCUCUCAGAUAAGUAAAAUUAAAAAAAAAAACAACAGAAACAAAAAGACAAAAACCUGGCCUCCUGUCCCAAAUCAAGGGAACACUGAAGGGUCAUUCCCUGCUUCAAAACCCCUGUAGGGUUGGCUGAGCCGUCUACUGAGAGACUCCCACAGCUCAGCCUUCCCUCCCUUUUUCCUCCCCUCUGUCCGUUCUGGUGGAAGCAAGGGUACACCCCUGGUAAGCCUCCCCCUUCCCAAUCUCCGUCUCACACUCUCUUGUGUUCCUUCGGGCCAUGAUUAAGGCCUCUCAAGGAGGGCAGGCACAUUUUCGGAGUAUUUAUGUGGUGCCCUUCCGUGUUACUUCCUUUAAACAACACAGCUACUGGGGGAGCAGUGAUUCUUUCUCGCCCCCUGAGGUAAAUCAGGGCCGCCUGAGGCCCACAGCAGAGCAGGGCUGAGAGCUGGUGACACGGCUCGGAUUCAGACCGGCCCCUGUUCGGCCCUCAAGUCCACUCCCCUUCCCCUGGCCACACGACAGUCAAAACGGUAAUAAUACAUUUGGGGAGUUAGGAGUAGUCGCUUACUGUCAGUCAUGCACCUAAGUACGAAGCCCCUGGGAUUACUGGAGUAAGCCUGGAGCCUCUCAGCAGGAACAGGACCCCGAAGGCAUGAGGGUUUUGGUGAAGAAGAAGGAGAAAGACGACUUGCCGACCCACCUGGAGUCCUCAAAUGUCAGAGCUAGCAGAAAGCUCAGACACCGGACAUGGCCCCUUCCCACCCUGGGUUCUAGCUCUGACCUGUUACAGGUUAGGAGAACGAGGCCCAAGCUGACAGGCCUCGUGAAUGGCAGAGCCCAGGCUGUGUCCUCAGCCCGCACGGACCGCUCCUCCCAGCGCUGACCUGGAACCAAGAAGUCCUCCUCUCACGGGCCUCUCUACAACGGCCAGGCUUUGGUCUCGUUCACCUGGGCUGCCCCGCAUUCCCGGCCGCAUCCUCUGCCCACCGGCCUCAGGCUGCCCGCCGUGCUUGUUGCCACAAAAAUCCCGUCCUCAGGUCCCUGGACCGGUUUGACAGCUGAGGUGAGGCGGGGCGUGGGGAACCGGGAGAGCUUCUGUCCCCGGGCUGUGCUGCCAUCUGUCCAGCAUCAGCUCCGGGAAGCUCUUACUCACGAGGCCUGCCUUGCUCCUCGGGUGUGGACAAGAAGCCGCGGAAGCCACCAGCAUCUCUGUGCCCCGCGCCUGCGAGUCUGACCUGCCCGUGGAGGUGGGGGCGGCUGAAUGCUUGGAGACAGAGACCCUCCGCCUCCGGGCCGCCUUCCCCACCUGAACUCCGAACACAGAGCUCUCCCAGGAGGGGCCUUUGGCAUUCCCAAAAGACUUGCCCAUCGCCCUUCUGUGCGGUACCCACUCUCCCGCUCCCCCGGGGCACCCAGCCCAAAGCAGAGCCUUCCAGAACGCAUGGGGCCUCAGAGCAGGCAGGGUGUCCUCAGGGUGGUAGGGUGGUUUAGAGCGGCGACCACAGCACACAGGCCCCUUCUUCAGCCCCAGCGUGUUUUCCUUCCCCUGUGUCUUGGUGAGUCAGCACCAUGGGGCCACACACAAGGCUCCUAUUCAGGGCUCAUUCUCCUUCUGCUCUCGCUCAGAUCUUGGCAUCUCCCUCCCUCCCUCCCUCCCUCUCUUUCUCUAUGUGGGCCUUAUUCGCCAUGGGAAAGCUAUGCGCCCUGCCCUGUGCCUUCCCCUUUCCCCAGUACCACGGCGCAUUGCCCCCCUCCCCCGGCCACAUGCGCCCACAUUCCUCAUCCUCGCCUUCUGGGUGUUCGCAGGCCCAGCUGGACACAAAUGUAAAGGCGGCAGAACAAAACAGAAACGUCAAACUGUUAAAUCCUCCAUCGCAUAUUUUCAACCGUGGUUUGCUGCUGCUGGCUCUGUGCAGGCCCUGAGCUAUGUUAAUCUCACACACACACACACACACACACACACACACGCUGGGCGUGUGGGCCCUCUAGUCACCAUGUGUUUAUUAAGAACCGACUCCGCGUCAAGCCUCAUGCUAACGGCUGGAAUCUACACUCUGUCGGGAGAACAAGUCUCGCACAUGUGACAUCUCGGGCCAGCGCUGGGAUGGACGCAGCAGGUGCCCCCAGUGGGCGACGGGGCCCGACGUGCCUAAGAAGUUCAGCAGAGCCGGGAAAUCUCCGGGUCGAAGGCACCGACUUUAAAUACACCGAAGGGCGCAGGAUGCGGGUUUGUGAUGACAGGGGCGUGUGUACGCGGUACGUAGCACGGAGAACACGGGGAUGCAAAAGCUAGUGCAGAACAAGGGCUCGGUCGUGGCCUGUGUAGCCGUGGGCAACGCGCUGAAAAUGAAGCUCCGCCGGCCUCCCGCUGACGGUUUUGCGAGAAUCCGGUGCAAUGACGCGGGCAAGCGCCCGGCCCCCGGUGAGCACCCGGCGGAGGCCUCGCCGCCUUGGCGGGGAGCGGCGGCGGGUGAAAGGGCGCCCCCCCCGCCCCCGCCGGCGCGUCUGGCCGGGAAGCUGGGUGGCUCCCCCGCGGGGCGGCUCCCGGCCGCCGGCAGCCCCGCCCGCGGUCGGAAAGCUGAGCCGCUGGCGCCCCCUGGCGUUUGAGUCGCUGUGCUUCUCCGGGUAAGGACGGGGUCUUGCGGUGCGUCCCUCCGGGGGGCCCGCGCUCAGCCGCCUCCCCGAUGGGGAAGGCCUCAGCCCCCGGCCGCAGUCCCCGCGUGCGGCACGGGUGGAAGCCCGAACUAGCGAGAGGGGAGAGAAUAACGGCAGCCGCCUCGCCCGACGGUUGGGAGCCUUAACUGAGCCGAUCCAAGACCGCAGACUCGGCAGGGCACGCGUACGCCCUGGGCAAGCGAUAGCUGGUAGCGUCUGUAGCUCCGAGAACACUGACCCGUGAUACUGUAAGAACAGGAGGAAGCCGUGGCAGCACAGUGAACUCCCGGGGGAGUCAGCGAUGGUCACACCCAGGCAGUGACACGUGUCCCGGUCGUCAAGGAGGGGGAGAUGCUCUCAAGCGAAGAAGGGGAUGAAGGACAUUCCAAGGAAGGAGAAGAACGUUUGCAACGCACUGAGUUGCCCGUGGGCAUGGUGAGAAGCCUGGGGUGGGCGUGUGGAUCUGCAGAAGAAAAUAGGAAGAGGAAAGGGGAGGGUCUGCCCAGGGAAAGAAUUUGGACUCUAUCUGGUGAACCGCUGGGAGCCUGAACUGAGGCAUCAUGAGCAGAAACAGUUACACAUGAAGCUAAUGAAGUUUAAGCUUCAAGGACCGUCACUGAUAUGGCCCCUUCCCAACCCUGAAGAGCCCAUGGAAUGUGUCCACGUGGUCAAAUGUUUUUAUAAAAUUUGCAAAAGUAAGAUAACUGCAAUCAGUUAAGACUGCUGUCUCUCUGGGCGUCUGGGUGGCUGAGUCGGUUAAGCGUCUGCCUUCGGCUCAGAUCAUGAUCCCAGGGUCCUGGGAUGGAGCCCAGCAUCGGGCUCCCUGCUCAGCUAUGAGUCUGUUUCUCCCUCUCCUUCUCCCCACCUCCCCCACCACUUGUGCUCUCUCUCUGUCAAAUAAAAUCUUAAAAAAAAAAAAAAAGACUGCUGUCUCUCUUUAUUCUGACUUCUCCUACAUCGUAUUUUCCCCCAUGUUGGGUGACCUUGGAAUGGUGGCCACAAGCAUUUUUGGAAUUCAUCUAAAGGGGACUAUUUUUAAGUGAAAUACAUUUAUGUGGUUUGUAGUCACUUCCAUGUAGAGCUGAGUUUUUGCUAGCCAUCCCGGUGUAGGAAUGGCUUCCAGGAAUGCUCCCAUCAUCCUCAUGCUGCCUCACUUGGCAUGAUGUGAAGCACUAGUGCCGAAGGUUGUAUUGCUGUUGAUAUAUCCUAGAGCACCUGGCACUAGAAGGAAAGUAAGAAGUGGAGGGGAAAGAAGGUUUUAAAUGAAUGGAGUCAGAAGCUGGUCUCUAGAAAAUUCAUCCAGUCAUUGGAUGUGUCAAAUCAUAAUGGGCAAUUAAUUUCUCAUCAAUGUCUAAUCAAAACAAAAUUUCUCUCUUGUCAGGAAAAUAUUUAAUAAUGCAAUGCACGCAAUUAUAAAGGCACCAUAAAUAUGAAGAUAUAAUCAAAGAGUAUGGAGUCAAAUUUAAUUUUAAAGAGUUCUGCUUCUGACCAAGAUGGAAAAACAGGGAGUGGCUUUAUGCUCCCACCUAAAACACCUAAACACUGAGUAAAAUAUAUUAAACAACAAUUUUCAAGACAUUGGACUUUAGGCAAAAAAGGACUGAAAUGGGAAACCAACAAAGUGGGUCCUAUGAUGGUCCCAGCAGCGAGGGGUAAUCGAGGAAUGGCCUGGCAAUCUCCCUAAGUUGAGAUAAUGCCGGGAGUCGGGAGGGAGGAGUAUCGGAGACAGGAGAGAUGCAAUGAGAGACAUCUCCAGAGAUCUUCAGAGGCCCCCUACUAGAAUCUUCAACUGAAUACUAAUCGACAUAUGCAUGUAAGGAAACCACCCAAAAGGAUUAGAUGGAACAAUACUCAGACCUCAUGUGGGACUAGUAGUUUCUGUUCUCAGCAGCCAGAAUAACAAAUCUCAUAAUUCGCAGAAUAUUGGAUAGAGUGCCCAAAAGGUUUUUGUCUCUAUGGUGGGCCAAAAUUAACCCUAGAGUAGGUGCUACUCUGCUGCUCCCACCUAAGAAAAAAAGUUUAAAAGCAAGCCUCAAGUGCUUGAUUCAGCAGCACUUACACUAAAAAGUGUAACUAAAAGUUAAAAAUCGCAAUGUCUAGCAUUCAGUAAAAAAUUGCUAGGCAUGCAAAGAAGCAGAAAAAUAUGGCCCGUAAUUAGGAGACAGAUCAAUCAAUUGAAAAUUAGCCAAAAAUGACACAUUAUUAGACAAUUAUAUUAAAACAGCUAUGUUAACUGCAUUCCAUAUGCUGAAGGAGAUAAAAGAAAGAUGGAGUUUGUUAACAAUAUGAAAGACAUGGAAAAGAUCCAAAUCAAACUUCUAGAGAUGAAAACCACACUACCUGAGAUGAAAAAAAAAAAAAAAAUUGGACGGUAUUUUUUUUUUUUAAGAUUUUAUUUAUUUAUUUGACAGAGAGAUACAGCCAGAGAGGAAACACAAGCAGGGGGAGUGGGAGAGGGAGAAGAAGGGUUCCUGCUGAGGUGGGAACCCAAUGUGGGGCUAGAUCCCAGGAGCCAAAGGCAGACACUUAACGACUGAGCCACCCAGGUGCCCCAAAUUGGAUGGUAUUAACAGCAGAUUAUACAUUGUAAAAGAAAUGAUCAUUAAACUUGAAAAAAUAGCAAUAAAAACCAUCCACAGUGAAACAUAGAACAUUUAAAAAAAAGAUUUUUAACAAUGAACAGAAUACCAAUGAGCUUUAAGACAAAUUCAAGCGACCUAAUAUAAGUUUUAUUGGAGCCCCUGAAGGAAAAUAUUUGAACAGCUAAUAGCCAAAUUUUUCCAAAUUUGAUGAAAAUUAUAAGCCCACAGACAGAAAAAUGUAAAUGUGCCCUCAGCACAAGAAACCUAAAGGAAAACACACCAAGGAUCAUCAUAAUCAAACUUUUUAAAACUAGCGAUAAAAAGAAAACCUUCAAAACAACUGGAGAAAAAAAGCCCAUAUUAUAUAUAGAUGAACUCGACUAAAAAUAACGGCAGACUUCUCAAGCGUAACAAUAUAAUCCUAAAGAGAGUGGGGCAAUAGCUGUAGAGUGCUGAGGAAAAAAACUGUCAACCUAGAAUUCUACUCCUAGUGACAAUACCUUCCAAAAGUGAAGGCAAAAUACUUUUCUUAGACAUGCCCAAGGCAAAAGAGUUCAUCACUGUCAGACUUGUGGUACAAGAAAUGUUAAAGAGAAUACUUCAGGCAAAAGGAAAAUGAUACUAAAAAUCUGUAUCUACACAAAGGGAUGAAAAACACUAAAAAUGGUACCUAUGUGGGUAAAUAUAAAAGAUAAUUUUUCUUAUUCUUUAAAUCUCUUCAAAAAUUCAUUGUCGGUAGAAGGGGGGGGGCUUGGGUGGCUCAGUCAGUUAGGCUUCUGCCUUCAGCUCAGAUCAUGAUCCCAGGGUCCUGGGAUCGAGCCCCACAUCGGGCUCCCUGCUCAGCGGGGAGCCUGCUUCUCCCUCUCUCUCUGCCGCUCCCCCUGCUUCUUCUCUCUCUCUCUCAAAUAAAUAAAUACCUUUUUCAAAAAUAAAAAAUAAAAAUUCAUUGUGGGAUUUACAACAUAGAAGUAAAAUGUAUGACAACAAGUGCACAAAAACAGGGAGAGGAGAAAUGAAAGUAUACUUCUGUAAGAUUAUUAUUAUACUAUACAUGACUCAACAUAUCACGUGACACUAGAGCACAUGAAGCUAGAUCACAUGAAGUUAAAUAUGUAUGCUGUAGGCCUUAAAGCAAUCACCAAAAACCACAACAAAGUUCAUAAGAGAACAAAAGAGAUAAAAAGUCAUAAAACAUACUCAACUCAAAACGAGGAAAAAGAGGAGCAAAGAACAGUUGAUAGAAAAAUAGCAAUGUUGACUUAAAACCAGCCAUCUCAAUAAUCACUUAAAAUGAAAUGGUCUAAACAACCCAACAAAAGGCAGAGAUCAUCAGUUCGUAUUAAAAAGCAAGACCUGCCUACAAAAAAUCCACUUUCAAUAUAAGGAUACAAAUAGGGUAAAUUGUUUUAGAAUACUUCAACCAAAUGCAGUAGAAUACAUAAUAGUUUUGAGUACCCACAGAAUAUUUACCUGAUAGAUCAUUAACGUGUCUGGAUAAAAUUAAGAGGAUUUAAAUCAUACAAAGCAGGUUCUCUGACUACAAUGGGAUGAAAUUAGAAAUCAACAACAGAAAAGUAUCUGGAGAAUCCCCAAAUAUUUGAAAAACAACACACUCCUAAAUAGCCCAUGGGUCAAUGAAGAAAUUAAAAAAAAAAUUAAAAAAUAUUUUAAUACAAAAGAAAAUGAAAAGGCAACAUAUUGAUAUUUGUGGGACACAGAUAAGGCAGCACUUAGAGGGAAAAUUAUAACACUAAUGUCUAUAUUUUAAAAGGAAGAAAGGAUUCAGUCAAUUAAGAAAACAGGGGUGCCUGGGUGGUUCAGUUGGUUAAGCUUCCAACUCUUGAUUGCAGCUCAGGUAAUGACCUCAGGGUGCUGGGAUCAAGCCUGUGGCAGGCUCCAUCUCAUCAGGGAGUCUGCUUGAGGAUUUCUCUCCCCUUGCCCCUCCCCCAACUCACGUGCUCACGCGCACGCGCGCGCGCACACACACACACACACACACUCUCUCUCUCUCUCUCUCUCUAAAAUAAAUUCUUCUAAAAAUAAAAAACAGAAAAAGUAAGCACAAGAAAGGAAAGUAUAAAAAUCACAGCAGAAAUCGGUAAAAUGGAAAACAAAAACGACAGAAAAAUCAAUGAAACCCAAUGCUGGCUCUUUAAGAUCAAUAAAAUUGCAAACCUAGAGCCCAAAUGAUCAGAAAUAAAAGAGAAAACAUUCAGGUGGCAAAUAUAAGGAAGGAGAGGUGCCAUCACUACAGAAUGCACAGAUGUUAAAAGGAUAAUAAGGGAAUAUUAUGAGCAAUUUUAUGUCAAUAAAUUCAAUAACUUGUAUGAAAUGGACAAAUUACUUGAAAUGCACAAAUUAGCAAAACUCCCUCAAGAAGAAAUAGGUAAUGUGAACAGCCCUGCACAAAUCAAAGAAAUCGGCUUCUUAGUUUAAAACUUUCCCACCAAGGAAAACUCUAAGCUCACAUGGUUUUAUUGGUGAAUCUUACAAACAUUUAAAGAAAAAAAAAAAAAGAAUUCUACAAAAACUCUUCCAGAC